CCUUUUUAUUACUUCCCCUGCGGGGGAAAAAGCCAAUGGCUACCAUAGAGAUAGAUGCUCGAAGUUCGACCCAAGUGUAAGAAAUGGCACAGAAAGGAAAGGCAACAGAAAAGAAUCCAACAAAGGGCAGUAUCAGUAUGGUGGACCAGAAAUUCCAGAGUAAACAAGAGGGCACAAAUGAAAACAUUAAAGAUACAUACACAACCUUACCUUGCGAUGAGGGCACAGGGGUAGCUGUGGCAUGGACCAGUGAACUCAGUUGCCCCAAAGAAGCUUCAGUGGUGGAACAGGUGAUGGCUGUAAAUCGAAGUCUUGUACAGCAGAUUGAUGCACUUCGCCUGCGCUUACAAGUAGACUCAAGACAGCACAAUGCGGCUUGUAGUGCUCUUGUACAAGAAAAUGUGCAAAAGUUAAAUGAAAAAGAAGAUGAACUUAAAUAUUUGAAAAGUAAACUGAGGCAACGUGAACAAACUGUGAAGAAUCUAACAGAGGAAAACCACACAAAGAAAUCAGAAAUUGACAGUCUUCAGCACACAAUUAAUGCCCUAAGACAGGAUGUAGAAGCCUCCAAGACCUAUAUUGAUGAAAUACAGCACAGUCUAGCUGCACUACAGGAAGAAAAGAUGAAGCUGGAGACUGGCGCAGCAUAUCAUGAAAAGGAAAAGUUAAUCCAACAUCUCACAAAACAGGUAAAAGAUCUAAGAGAGAACAUUAGCCAGCUUGAAAGGGAACUAACCAAGGCAAAAGAAAUGAUUGCAAAACAAGGGGGAAAACUGCGCUUGUUGGAGAAUGAGAAGCUCAAUAUUCACACUAAAUUUAGAGAAGAGCUGGGCAAGGCAACACAGAAUAUGAGGCUGGAAGUGGAGAAAAUGCGUGAAGUGAUGCGCAGUCAGUGGGAAGAAAUGCGGGACUUGAGACAGCAGAAUGAAGGCAUGAGCAUUGACAUUAAAGAGAUAAAAGACAUGCUUUUGGGAGAUAUCUGUGACAAUCACCAAGAUCCCGUUUACACUAUGGGAGCACUAAAGCCAUCACUACCCAUUCUUACCAGAAACACAAAGCGUGUUGUUCCUGGUAAGAAAAAGCCUCUCAGCUGAUCUCUAACAGCAAUAUUUGUAAAGCUUUCUAUCUUCUAAAGCAGGGAUGGGAAUCUUUUAUCCUCCAAGGGCCAUUAUGAUGUUUAAACAUCAUUCACGGGCCCUUCUUUACUAUUUAAAAAUUAUCCUGCUAUAUAUGGUCAAACCACGGUAUAUUAACAGUUUUGCAAUUGUUCCCAGCCUGCCUGGCACUGGUGUCCUUUAUAUCACCAUAAUCCACCUUUUCGUAAUUAGGUUCACAAAAACUAUGCUCUGCCACCAUGAGAAGCAUAACAAACAACUAUUUGGAGUCUUAAAACAUGUUAAUAAUUAGAAAGUUUCUAGAAAAGAUAGUAAUGAGUAACAAAACCUUAUUUUCCCUAAUGCACAAUUUUCUGUUUGUUGUUGUGCAGUGAAAGUACAUUAAUAAUAAUGACUAUUUGGUAUACACCUCCUCCUUAUGAAGGAGUGCAUGGCAUUUACAAAGUGUCUACACACAUUUAUUCUAAGAGCCGACGUGGUCAAAGAAUGUUAUGUGUAUCUAUUGCUGAGAUCAUACUGGAAGUGAUCUACCCUCAAAUUAGAGGUAACAUACAUGCUUAAUUCCAAAAUCAUUUAUAUAGGACAAGAAGCAUGCAACUCUCAUCAUGUACUUGCACACGUCUUGUCUAUCCCAUAAUGAAAAUUCCUUGUGUGUCUCAAAAUUUAUGUUAUCAUUUACUUAAUACCUAUUUGUGCUGCUAUUAAAAAAAAAAAAGGCUUCCCGGAUGAAAGGAUUUCAACAUUCCCCACCCCUGCAAAAGAACAGAAUUUACACGCGCUGCAGAUUUGUAUAUAUUUAAUAGGGAAUGAACAAUCAGAGGCUAGGAAUCUUUGUUUUAAUCAAAACCACUGGAUAAUAUUUCAUUAGCUGUGAUACAUUUUCCUUUGGUUCCUCCUUUAAUUUAGAAUGUUAAUUGUGAUUUGGGACAGUUGGUGCAGUGGCUAGGGCACCUGUCACCGUGACAGUGAGAAUCAGGCAUCUCUGGUUCACAUCUUGGCUCUGACAUCCAUCUGUCUCAAUGUGAUAACUGUAUAGGGAUGACUGUCAGUGUUUUUUUCCAAUUUACUCCACUGUGUGUGUGCAAUAGAGAUGGAGUAGUUAUAGUUCAAAUGAUGUUGAAAGAAUUUGUAAGAUGUAUUUGAUGCUUGCUGAUAAGUGCAUGCUCGUGCAACUUCAUGUAUCCAAGUGCCUUGAGACCACCUUUGUUUACAGGUAAAGGCAUUUUCUAAAUAUUGAUUAAUAAAUCAUUGCCAACUGUGU